AUGUAUUUCGUCAAGAUCCUUGCCCUAUCCUUUCUAGCUGCUGCUCAGGCGAGCUGUGUGGUUAUCCCGGCUGCUCCGGGUGGCAUUACCUCCAACGCGGCCCUGGUCCGCAGGGAUGAUGCUAUUGAGCUCGUACCAAGGCUGCCUGUCGAAUGCGGAAACGGUGUUUCCUAUGACAAAAAAGAAAUUGACCGUGCCUUCACCAAAGGCAAAAAGAUGUCCAAAAAUGGAGAACAAUGGUCCUUCGGAAAUAACAAAUUUCCCAAGAAUUACGGCUCCCACGACACCGACGUUUUCAAAAACCUUCCAAAAGAAUGCAAGGAUGCUGUCAACGCUGGAUCCAAAUUGAUUGAGUUUCCGAUUAAGAAACCUGGUCCUUGGACGGAUGGUACUCAGCCUGGCUACGACCGCGUUCUCAUGCUCAGGACAGAAGGAAAUGGGCAAACACGGAUUGAUUACUGCGGCGUCAUAACCCACCGCGGUGCUGAUGGAAACUUCUUCAAAUGGUGUCCCCAUACCAAGCCGUAG